AGCUGUGAGUCAGAGCUGCAGGGAGGUGGAGGAGGCGAUCUGAGGAGACAGGCGCGCAUUUCAUAAUCCUGGCUGCCUGGGACGGUGCGCGCUGGGCGUUUUUGGAGACCAGCAUCUGUGGAGCUCUAACAAGUUCGGAUUGGCAGAGAUGUGAACGUACUUUUUUUUUUACCCCCUCAACUUCUUUGUGGAAAACGCAUGAGCCAUGUCCGCUCAUGGACUGCUGAGCAGCGUUUUUUCGUGCUCACUAAGCCCCAAAAGUAUUUCCAAGCGGAGACUGACUCAAACCAGGAGCCUGGACUCUGCUUUGACGCGGAACUGCAGCAGUGAAGCGGAGGAGACGUCGUACGAGGGUGACUUCACCUGGAACAGCGCGUUAGGAUAUAACGUUUCCCUGAAGGCCGUGCCUCUGCAGAGCCUGUCGGAGUUGGAGCGGGUUCGCCUCCAGGAUGUUGCCUUCAGACGCCUGCUCCAGUGUCACGAUCCGGGCUGCCACAUCACCAUACCAAAAUACGGCCACAAGCACAAGAAGUCGCUUAGGAAGAAGUUGGAUUCACUCUCUAAAGAAAAAUCAAAAGACAAAGAGACUGCGCCACAGGCGUUUGGCAUACCGUUGUCUCAUGUCAUAUCCAACGACCGCAAGCACAAGCUGCGGCACGAUCACCCACGAGAGGAGCACAGUAACCCCAAUGAAUUGAUGCUAUCCCUCCCUCACCUGUCCUCUAGCCUGAAAAGGGUUAUCAAGGAACACUCCAGCAGCAACUCAUCCCUCAGCUCCACGUCUGAGACCCCAAGUGAAUCGCCUCUGCAGAGCACACCAGACACGGCCCCGAGGACGUGCAGGAGGGGCGGGGUAUCUGUGGAUUGCAUCACAGAUCUUGAUGAUAACCAGUCUCGGCUCUUGGAGGCCCUUCAGCUGUCUCUCCCAGAUGACGCCACCACCAACAAGAAGAAGCAGCAGGACAAGAAGCUCAGCCUUAACCCCAUUUACAGACAGGUGCCGAGGGUGGUUGACCUCUGCUGCCAACAUCUGGAGAAAUAUGGCUUGCAAACAGUUGGAAUUUUCCGUGUUGGGAGUUCCAAGAAGCGAGUACGGCAGCUUCGAGAGGAGUUUGAUCAGGGCUGGGAGGUGCUCAUGGAUGAGGAGCACAGUGUUCACGAUGUCGCAGCUCUGCUGAAAGAAUUCCUCCGAGACCUACCUGAUCCACUUCUGACGAGAGAGCUCUACACAGCCUUCAUCAACACAAUAUUGUUGGAUGACUCAGACCAACAGAGUGCCAUUCAGCUCCUGAUUUUCAUGCUUCCUCCUUGUAACAGCGACACACUACAGCGCCUCCUCUGCUUGUUGUCUACUGUGUGCACACAUGCAGACGACAGCCUUGACAGUGACGGGAAGGAGAUCCCUGGAAACAAAAUGACGUCCCUUAAUUUAGCCACCAUCUUUGGACCCAACCUCUUGCACAAGCAGAAGAACUCCGACAAAGAGUUUGCGGUGGAGAGCUUUGCUCGUGCCGAAGAGAGUUCCGCUGUCAUCAGUGUGGUCCAAAGGAUGAUUGAUUCCUAUGAAAUGCUGUUUAUGGUUCCCGCCGACCUGCAGAACGAGGUACUGAUGAGUCUACUUGAAACGGAUCCUGACGUGGUGGACUACCUGCUGCGGAGGAAAGCCUCUCAGUCCUCAGAGCCCCGCCAUCUCAGCGCAGAGGACUCUCUGCCUCUCACCGAGAGAAGUUUUUCCAACGACUCCCUCAAAGCCUCCAGUGGAGAAGUAUCUCCUUAUGACAAUAACUCCCCUGUGCUAUCAGAUCGACUGCUGUGUAAAUACUCGGGGGACAGCACACAUUCCAGAGACUCCAAAGUUAGCGCUCGCUCAAAAGACGGAUCUGGAAGCUCCUCUCCCACUUUUUCUAUCGACAAAGAAGCUCUAACGGACUCUUUCUGGGAAACCUGGCAGGAAUUUUGUGGGAAGGAUUUUCCCGCCCAUCCCAUUUCUGGCUCCCUCGGAGAUGCAUCAGAAUGUGACUCAUUUGGAUCAUCGGAGGGGCUGAGCUGUCACCAAGGUAACAACAAGCUUCCCGUCAGACCAACGCCAACGUCAUUGGGUGCUCUGGAGUGCAGGCCACACCUCCCCGUGUCUCGCAGCAGCAGCGGUCCUCACGACCAGAGAGAGCAGAGACAGCAGGACUCAUCCUUACAUCACUCCCACUGCAGCCAAUCGGGAGCUAUUAGCUCAGACAACUUAACGCAAAGGACAGGACGCCCUGCUUGUCCUUUCCUGACCAACAGGAUGGAUAGCUGUUCCCCACUUCCCAGUUUCAGACCCACAACAGAAACUUCCAUCUCUCCCACCAGCUCCUUUCUUCCCACCCAUCAGCCUGACCUCCAAAUCCCACCAGCGUCCCGGCAGAGCCCCACCGAGAGCCGUCUGCGGUCCGGAGAGGAAAAGGCCGCCGAUACCUCGAACUGUCCCCCAGUCAAGUGGCACGUUUGGCAGAUGCUGCCUUCAGAAAAGCAGGAACCUGUUCCUGAGACCUUGGUUUGACGCAGCCUUCCCUGAUAGGAAAAGGCCCCGUCCCGUUCAAUCUCCAUGCUGGCAUCGUUUGUAAUAAAUCAUUUAUCCUAAGAAAAUAUUUGAUCAUCUACUUUGCAUGAAUGUUUAGUUGUUUAUAUAAUAUUUUAUAGUAACAAGUCUUAAUUUUAUUGGGUUUUUAAAAUAGAGAUUUGCCAAAAAAAAGCUUUAUUUAAACUUGAAUGUCAAAAUUAGACUUGAAUGUUUUUUGUAAAAAAAUACAGCUUCUCACUUUCUAAUACAAUGUAAGUUUUUUUAUAGGCACAUCAUUGUAAAAGCUGCAGUUUAUUCCUCCAUCAUAUUAAAACUGGAUCCUUUGGAUACAAUUCACUAUCAAACAUUUAUUGUACACAUAUCCACCACUUUUUGCUGUUACAGUGAAUUAUUUCUUUGUAAAGAUGGAAAUACUUACAGAUAUAUAUUUUUGUAUCUUUACAAUAUUUAAUAAAAUCAUGUUUUCCACUUCUA